AUGGCUACCUUGGACGUGGAAGCACUCCUCGACGCCACCGCGAAAGAUACAGCCGAACAGAAGAUUAAGAGCCCUGUAGAGGAUAAAACUAGGGACGAACCUGAACGAAGAGACCGGGAACGCGAUCGUGGUCGUGAUCGGGACGGAAGUCGACAUCGCGACCGCGAUCAUGGCCGACGCCGUAGAGACAGCCCAACCCGAAGCCGCAGAGGCACCCCCGACGUAGGAACACCACGAAGCGAUGCUGGGAGCCACAAGAGUAGGAGAAGAAGCCGCAGCCGCGACAGUGACCGCCGUCAUUCACGCCGAAACAGAGAUGGUGAUUAUUACCGUGGUGGACGACGCUCUCGUUCACGUUCUCGCUCCCCUUACCGCCAUUACCGCCCUCGUGAUGACCGAGAGCCUCGUGAACGACGAGAUCGCGGAGAGCGACGAAACCGUGACUAUGGGCGCGGUAGGGAUGACGAACGCCGGGAAAAUAAGCGCGAAGACGGCAAGCCGCAGCUUACCGAAGAUGAAAGAGAUCGCCGUACUGUGUUUGUGCAACAACUGGCUGCCCGUCUCCGCACUCGCGAGCUCAAGGAAUUCUUCGAAAAGGUUGGACCCGUUAAUGAGGCCCAGAUCGUCAAAGAUCGUAUCAGCCAGAGAUCCAAGGGAGUUGGUUAUGUCGAAUUCACAAAUGAGGAAUCCGUUACCCAGGCUCUUCAACUUACUGGACAGAAACUCCUAGGUAUCCCGGUCAUUGUACAAGUGACAGAAGCCGAGAAGAACCGACAGGCUCGAAACCCUGAAGCUUCAGGGCCCCAUCCCAAUUCUAUCCCAUUCCACCGUCUUUAUGUUGGCAACAUUCAUUUCAACGUUACCGAGCAAGAUUUGCAGGCUGUCUUCGAGCCUUUCGGCGAGCUUGAGUUUGUUCAGCUCCAAAAAGAUGAGAACGGCCGCAGCCGUGGCUAUGGCUUCGUCCAGUUCCGUGAUGCUGGUCAGGCACGAGAGGCACUGGAAAAGAUGAACGGCUUUGAUCUAGCUGGACGUCCUAUUCGUGUUGGACUUGGAAACGAUAAGUUCACCCCUGAGAGUACUGCCAACAUGUUGCAGAGAUUUUCCGGACAGAAUCAACAAAACCAGCACUUCCAGGGCUCUGCCUUCUCCGGUUCUGGCGGACGUGGCCCUCAGAACUCUACUUUCGACCGAGCCGGUGGUCGAGAUAAUGAGAAGACAGGAGGUGCUAGUGCUCUUGAUGAUACCGACGUCGCUGGUGUCAACUUUAACAACUAUAGUCGCGAUGCAUUGAUGAGGAAGCUUGCCAGAACCGACGACUCUGCUACUACCAACGGCAACGAAGAACGACAACAAGUCCUCAAACCCAAGACAGAGGCCAAGCCAUUGCCUGUUAAUGUCAACAUGGCUAGUCGCUGUGUUGUGUUGCACAACAUGUUCGACCCCGAAGAAGAGGAAGGCACCGACUGGGUCAAGGAACUUGAGGACGAUGUUCGUCAAGAAGCCGAGAGCAAGUAUGGACACGUUGUUCACAUCUCGGUUGAUCCAAACUCAAAGGGUGAUAUCUAUCUCAAAUUUGACAAAGUCCAGGGCGGCGAGAAUGCCAUCAAGGGUCUCAACGGCCGAUACUUCGGCGGACGAAUGAUCGACGCGUCACCUGUUGUAGAUGCCGUCUACAGCAGUUUGUUCUCUCGUACCAGGGCAAUUUAA